AGAUUUAUAAAUAAGUGUCAAAACCUGUCUCUUGCUUGGAACUGGCUGUAAGGGGUGUACUUUCUGUGGUAAUUAUGUAUGAGAGAUGUAUGUGUGUAAGAGCAACCAUAAAAGCCGUUCAGUCAGCCACGCUUUCCAUUUUCAAAGUGAAAGCAGGUAUUGUAGCCGGGGGAAAUGGCUGUGUCGGGCACAGACGGAAGAAUGUUUGUUUUCUUUGCUCGAAAUUACUCUUUGCCUAGUGGCUUAGGGAUGCCUUUCACUGAACCUCCUCCCCCUUCUCCAUACCUGGAGUUUCCCGGUGCUGCGCACAUUACCUGGCCAAGCAGGGAGCAUCUUCCUGUCUGCUGCUCCAGUAUCUCUUAGUGUGGGUGUGCUGGUCUUGCUCUCAGCUUUAUAGGUUUGUACCCACUGACUCUUGUCCUGUUGCUGGAUACCACCAAGAGGAGCCUGGUUUCAUCUUCUUUACAUCUGUAUCAGUAACGGCCUCCCCAGCUGAAGAUGUCUAACAAUGGAGUUGAAACAGAAGACAAACCACCUGCUCCUCCAAUGAGAAAUACCAGCACUAUGAUUGGUUCAGGAAGCAAAGAUCCUGGGACUUUAAAUCAUGGCUCAAAACCUCUGCCUCCCAAUCCAGAAGAAAAGAAGAGGAAGGAUCGGUUUUACCGAUCUAUUUUGCCAGGAGAUAAAACCAAUAAGAAGAAAGAGAAAGAGCGGCCAGAGAUCUCCCUGCCCUCAGACUUUGAACACACGAUUCAUGUGGGGUUUGAUGCAGUCACGGGAGAAUUCACAGGAAUGCCGGAGCAGUGGGCACGUCUGCUGCAGACUUCCAACAUCACCAAGUCAGAGCAGAAGAAGAACCCCCAGGCAGUGCUGGAUGUGUUGGAGUUUUACAACUCCAAGAAGAUCUCCAACAGCCAGAAGUACAUGAGCUUCACAGAUAAAUCAGCUGAGGAUUACAAUUCAUCUAAUACGUUGAAUGUGAAGGCUGUCUCCGAGACCCCUGCAGUGCCCUCAGUGUCUGAAGAUGAGGACGAUGAAGACGAUGCAGCUCCACCCCCUGUGGUAGCUCCACGACCUGAACACACCAAAUCUAUAUACACCCGCUCUGUGAUAGACCCUCUUCCUCCGCCUACCAGAGAUGUGGCCACCUCUCCUAUUUCUUCUCCCUCGGAAAACAGCACAACAGCACCUGACAUGCUGGUCAGGAACACGGAGAAGCAGAAGAAAAAGCCAAAAAUGUCAGAUGAAGAGAUACUGGAGAAAUUAAGAAGUAUCGUGAGUGUGGGCGAUCCAAAAAAGAAGUACACGAAUUUUGAGAAGAUUGGACAGGGAGCCUCAGGUACAGUUUACACAGCAAUAGAUGUAGCUACAGGACAGGAGGUUGCAAUCAAACAGAUGAAUUUGCAGCAGCAGCCCAAAAAAGAACUGAUUAUUAAUGAGAUCCUUGUGAUGAGGGAAAACAAAAACUCCAACAUUGUCAACUACUUGGACAGUUACCUUGUAGGAGAAGAGCUCUGGGUGGUGAUGGAGUACUUGGCAGGAGGUUCCCUGACCGACGUUGUGACGGAGACCUGCAUGGAUGAGGGACAAAUUGCCGCCGUGUGCCGGGAGUGUCUCCAAGCCCUGGAAUUUCUCCAUUCAAACCAAGUUAUUCACAGGGACAUCAAGAGUGACAACAUCCUGCUGGGAAUGGAUGGCUCUGUCAAACUAACUGACUUUGGCUUCUGUGCCCAGAUCACUCCUGAGCAGAGCAAGCGCAGCACCAUGGUGGGCACGCCGUACUGGAUGGCCCCGGAAGUGGUGACGCGGAAAGCUUACGGGCCCAAGGUGGAUAUCUGGUCUUUGGGGAUCAUGGCCAUCGAGAUGAUCGAAGGAGAGCCCCCCUACCUCAAUGAGAACCCUCUGAGAGCCCUGUAUCUCAUUGCUACUAAUGGGACUCCAGAACUGCAGAAUCCAGAAAAGCUUUCACCCAUAUUCCGAGACUUCUUAAAUCGCUGUCUGGAAAUGGACGUGGAAAAGAGAGGCUCUGCAAAAGAGCUGCUACAGCACCAGUUCUUGAAAAUUGCAAAGCCUCUAUCCAGUCUCACUCCUCUGAUUAUUGCAGCUAAAGAGGCAGCCAAGAACAACCAUUAAAGUGGUGAAGUCAACACAGUCAUCAUGUCAAGACUUUUAGAUGUUCAUUUCAGAGACUGAAUUACUUGCCCUUCUCCCCUUCUGCUCCUUCACAGGGAUGUUGAUAAAACUUUGACUUGCUCUGGAGGGUGGCAGAGGCAUCGUUCACUGUACGUGGAAGGGCACACAACAGGACAUGGUGAACUGUCCCUCCAUCCUCGUGAUGGGGACAAGAGGGGAAGAACAUUUUGUAUGGGUGAGAAGAUCUUUCUGAGAGCAUCUGAACCUGACCUACACGUAGUGAAGCCAGUUUGUUUUCAUAUUUCUUAUGGUGUUUAUUUUUAAAAAUCAUGUGGAGCCUUACACCAUGUUUAUCUUAUUAAAUUAAAUCUUUUGCUGGCUGCACUUUGCCUGCUUCUGCCAAGCUGCUGUUACACCAUGGAGGCUGCUCUGUGCUUUGGAUGACUCGAGGAAGGAAGGAAGCAGGCAGCAGCACUGUGAACAGCUGUCAGCUGAGAGGGGAACGAGGGGGUGAAAGUGCACCCCUCCUGCAGCACUGCUGGAUGCUUCGAGGAAGCGUGGACAAAGCCUCUGUGUGCUUCCUGCAGCCAUUGAAGAACUCAAUUCAUGGAUGAUCUCUUUGCCAAAUGGUGUGAACUGCCCCCUACUCCCCCUUCCCCCUUUAGUGGCAACUCUACUAGUUGAACAAAUCUCAAAUAAAUUUUGUUGUUCUAGGAAAUAAAUCACAGGAAAAAAAAUGACAGAGAACUCUUUUAGGGUUGUUUUAUCAGUGCUGUGAGGCUUUUUAGAGAUGCUGCCCUGUGUGAUUAACAAACAGAGCAGUUACUAUUGUAAAGACAAGAUUUGCCCGCAAAAUACGUUGAAAACUCUUGUUUCUUAGAGCAAGUCCAAUGGAAAACAAACUGAUGAUGGAUGCUGCUUUUGCUGGAGAUGUGGGGACAAAUUUUUUGAAAUUAUGGUUUCUUUAUGCUACUGAUUCCUUGGGUUGCCAAUAGUCUGUAACAAACAACAGGAAAUCUGGAACUACUAGAAGAGGGACUGGUUGUAAACACUGGGCUGAUGUUAAACUGUAUACUCAUUUUUUAAUAAAGUGACUGCUGCGUUUCUUAACUUGGGGCUAGAGGAGAACUGGAGAAUUCACUGUCACCAGACAAGUCCGUCACUGCUCGUAUGGUCACCAGGUACUUGGAUGUGUUGGAUGAAGUAAUUUAACCUUGUUUUUUACCUCUUCUUCUGCAGUCCUGCAAUAGCAAGUGGCUCCCAAGGGCCACUUUACACAUAGUGAAAACCAUACAAAAAAUGUGUAUUGUAACUGUGGGAGCUGCUUUUCUGUACUGCUUUGGUCACAUAUGGGGUGAGUUUAAACCUAUUCUGGAGUAAUCUCUCAUCAUUCUGGUGGACAGAAAUUCAUUACUUUGUGCUGAGACCUGCUGCUGGCUCAGCCCUUUCCUCCCUGGACCUGGGCUUUAAUUAAAUAUAUUUUUCUGAUUUGGCCCCACCAAAUUUGAUUUUUCUGAUUUGCCCCCCCCCCCCCAGUCCAUGCCAGCUAUUACACUAGCUUUACUGGGUGUAGGUACUGUGUAAGUUCUUUUCCUUCUGAGGGGCCUUCUUCUAUCCUUUGUGCUCCAGGGCUGUCACUGUUUGACAGAAGGCUGAGGGGUGAAGUCCAUUCUCCCAAUUUGCAGCCUCUCUCCCUUUGUGUGUGUGUAUUUCAUCUCCAGUAUUGUUAAGUUUCCUCUCGCAAAGCUUGUAUCCAAGGAUGAAUUCCUUGGGCAAAACAGCAGAGCUGCCAACCUGGAAAGGGAUAUCAUCUAUUGAUGAGCUCAUCUGCUUAGAUGGAGAUUGUGGAAUGGAAGGCCACUAUGCUUGAAUAAUUCCCUUUGAAAAGGACUUCGUAUUCCCUCUGGAAGACUCAGGAUGGCAUAUGUGGGAGGAAUAGAAUUAGUGGCUAGAUCUCUCUUGAUCUAAAAUCUCAUUUGACUGGCAGAUUUGGCAAUUGACUAUUUUUCAGGCAGCACAGGGUUCAGUUUGAUCCACAAUGUGUUUAAUGUCUCUGACUUCUCUUUGAUUCCCUUCCCCACUCCCUUCUCUGCAUCUCAUUGAGAUGAAAACCUUAAUGCGGAUGUGCCCUAUCUGUGAGUAUGCACGGGAGCUUAUUUUCCUCCAGCAAGAUUUCUGCUAAUCUUCCCCAAGAAAAGAUAGAAAAGGUUAUUUUUAUGUGUUUUAAGUUGCUCUUCUGGAUCUCCUAUUGCAUAAUGAAAAGGGAUGAGCAGUGACUAUUUAUCCCUCGUCUUAAAAUGUGCUUCUGUCUCAUCGCCUUCACAUGGACUCAGUGAUGCCUGGUUUCUGUUGGCUGCUGGAGAGGGGUGUUGCCAAAGGUCUUUCUUUCUGCUGGGAAAAGCUGCAAGACUGUGCCCAUGCUUGUGUGUCACCUUGUCCCAGGCUGUUUUGUGCCCACUCAUGUUGGGUGAGUGGGAAAAAGAGGCGAUUGCUACAGUGUGCCUGGACCUAGUUUCUAGUUACCAGACACAUCGUGGUUUUAGGCUCUCAGAAAAUAUAUUUUAAAUCUUUUUUUAAAAAAAUUGUAAUUAGCCUAAUCUUAAGAGAAUGGGUUUAUUUUGUUCUAGUUGUUCUGAAAUGCAUCCUUUCCUCCCCUCUCCUUUCACGUGUGAGUUGCCCAGCACCAGCACCUCUGCUAGCUUUUGAAGAGCCCUUCCUAUCUGCGGCACACUCCUGUCUAGAGAGGGCUCUUAAAUAGUGACUUUCUGACUUAAAAUUUAAUCUCCAGGGCUUAUUUUUGGAGAAUAUCUUGUCCCUACUGUUACUUGAAAGUGACUAAAACUUGACAGCUUCUUGGUGCCUUUUUUCCCCCCAACUUUCUCUUAUUCUAGAGUUGAAACCAUUUUUAAUCACAGCUCUUAAUUAUUAAUUUGCCUGCUAAUAUUAAAGUUCUCUCUUCCAUAUUAAAACAUGAAAUAUUCAGUUGUUUUGACUGUCCUUCCAGAAAGCUGAUUUCCUUUUUGGGGGAUUUCAAGCAAUCUUAUACCAGAAAUAAUUUAAUAUCCUACAGUCUUGGUGGAGGGAAAGGAUAAAACUCAUCUUCUUUUCUUAAUCACAGAGACUUGUCUUAUUUGAGUAUCAGUUGGUAUCUUCAAUAAGACUUUUCCUAUGUUUCAAGAAUGGGCAUUGAUUCUUUGUAUUACUUUAGCUAUUAGGGCUUUUAAAAGGUUUUUUAAAUGAACAAUUUGACUUGUGUCCAAGAGUUUGUGUGUGAGAGGGGUAUGGAGACCACAUGGGAAGAGGGCGGGUUAUUUGCACAACACUCUCAGGCACAUGGUGUGAUUCUUGGAGUUGUCCUGCUCAGGGCCAGGAGUUGGACUCCGUGAUCCUUGUGGAUCCCUUCUAACUCAGGAUAUUCUGUGAGGCUGAGAGGGAGGAGCCAGGACAGGGGUGGAGGGCGCAGCAGAACUAGCUGGUUGCAGCAGCAGUAGCACACCUUUAGCCAUCCCUGAAAUGUCUUCAUUGGAUGGAUGUGUUUUUAAGGAGCAUAAAUCUGACCGAUUUGUUGCUACAGGCACUUCUCUAGGCAGGCAUUAUGCUCCUACCAAACUGCCUUCCUCUUUUAACAAAAGGGGCGCAGGGAUUUCUCCAGCAAAGGAGGCUCCUUGAGAAAGGAGGUUUCCAGGGAGACACUUACUUGACUUAAACAAUCUGGCAAAGGCUUGAGGAGAGGUUUGGUGGGUAGACACCACAUCGACACCACUGUUUUGCAAAGCAGCUGGAGUUUUGUUGCCAACUUGAUGCCCCUUUUCAGGGGGUUGGUUUUGAAAAAGUGCUGAGAAUGUUGCCUGGUCGGGAUUGUGAGCUGUAUAAAAGUCUGUGCUUAGCUGAGAUGUCUGUUAGCAUCCUGAUCCAUCUGUCUCAAAACGCUGCAGGUCGGUGUAAGUAGGGCACGUUUGCAGCAAAGUACUGUGCAAGAAAGGAUUGCAAUGGUCUACAGUAGGUGCUUGCUUUCUUAGAACAAACCUACCCUUUUUGGCUGACAGCAAAAUUGGUUCUGACCAGUUUCUAAGAAUAAUGCUUGUUUGAAGCCUACUCCUAAUUAAGAGCAUAGUCCAUUUGUCUGGUGAAUGACAACAUCUUCAGUGUUAAAAUUGCUAAAGGUGAACUGAUUAUCUGCUCGUCUUUCCCCCAUAACACAGUAAGACUUUUUAAUGGCUUCUUAUUUCAGCUGUAAUAGAGAGCCUGUAAAUAUAUUUUGGGGUCAUAAGCCCAAGUGGAUGGAGCAUAUGUAUAAAGAAUGCUGUAGGAUCUCAUAGUUUGUUGCUAAAGACAACUCACUGUGGCAAAGGUGGGACCUUAGAGAAGCAGCUGCCAGCUUUGACAGGGAAUGGCCAACAGCAACAAAACUGCAAUGCAGAUGGGAGCUGGACAGAAACUUGCUGCCAGAAUGGAGCAUACAGUGAGUGGUGGGAACGAGACAGAGUUGGUCCAAAGGGUGGGAUGAAGCAAAGGUUAAAACUCCAAUUACACAUUUGCUGAGGAAAUUCAGAGAGUGCCACAGCAGCCUGUUACUCUCAAGGCAGCAGCAUCUCUGAAGGAGGAGAGCAGAAAGGAGCCUGAGAAGGGAAAAGGUGCUGAAAGUGGAGAGUGGAGCAGCAAUAUGGCUCUGAGUCACAGCUUGUGCUUAAGAGCUGGAGCUAAUCCAGGAGGUUCACAAAAAAUGACAAAAUUCAGCUGAAAAGGAAAAGUGGAGCUAGAAUGGAGGAGAUGGCCUUGAUGUGCCAGGGAACUGAAGAGAGAGGCCAGAUUUCCUGAAUGUGUGAAACAGCAGAAACAAAUUUAACACCGGCUUCUGUGGUUGACAAGUAGCUUGUUCCCUCCUGCCUUGCAGCUUCAGUGUCUUGUCUUUUUGAGAUCAGCUCUGCUUUGGGAUCAUGUCAGGAGCCACCCAACUUCGGCCUCGUGUUUGUAAAGAAGGCUUUUUGCUCUGCACCUACUGACUUCUGACUGCAGCUCUCUGCUGUUGGUAGAUGUCUUUGUGUCGUGUCCCACCUGGAAAUACAGAAGCUGUUGCAGUUUAAAAAUCUGCUGGGUAAUGUACUUCUCCCCAUGCUGCCUUGGCAUAAUUCCUGUACUGUACUGCUGGGUUUGUUUAAUGUGCCAGGUCAGCUCAGCCAUUUUAAAAAUAAAAAUUGAAACCUUAUAUAAAA